AUGGAUGCUGCCAGGAGAGGAGAUGCGCAGAGAGUGGUCUGGACCACCGGAUGGCUGCUGCUGCUGCCCGUACUGCUGUGUGAAGGAGCGAAGGCCCUGGAGUGCUACAGCUGCGUGCAGAAGGCGGAUGACGGAUGCUCUCCGCACAAGAUGAAGACCGUCAAGUGUGGUCCAGGAGCUGACGUCUGUACCGAGGCGGUGGGGGCGGUGGAGACCAUCCACGGGCAAUUCUCUGUGGCGGUGCGGGGCUGUGGUUCCGGACUCCAGGGCAAGAAUGACCGUGGAUUGGACCUUCACGGACUCCUGGCCUUCAUCCAGCUACAGCAGUGCACCGAGGACCGAUGCAACGACAAACUCAACCUCACCUCGCGAGGCCUCAACCCUGCAGGCAACGAGAGUGCCUAUGAGCCCAAUGGCGCAGAAUGCUACAGUUGCCUGGGGAAGAGUCGCGAGGAGUGCCAGGGCACCAUGCCUCCAGUUGUGAGCUGCUACAACGCCAGCGGCCGCGUUUACAAGGGCUGCUUCGAUGGCAACGUCACCUUGACGGCAGCCAAUGUGACUGUGUCCUUACCUGUCCGAGGCUGCGUCCAGGAUGAGUCGUGCACCCGGGAUGGGGUGACGGGUCCAGGAUUCACACUGAGUGGCUCCUGCUGCCAGGGGCCCCGCUGUAACUCUGACCUCCGCAACAAGACUUAUUUCUCCCCUCGAAUCCCACCCCUAGUCCUACUGCCCCCUCCAACCACUCUAGCCCCGUCCACUUCGGUCCAGACCUUCUCCAGCACUACCUCCACAGGCGCCCCAACCACGACCACCUCUACUACCAAGCCCACCUCAGCCACAGCCAGCCACACUCCACCCCAUGAAGUAGAACACGAUACUACACGAGAAGAAGAGUCCCAUUUGACUGGAGGUGCUGUGGGCCACCAAGACCGCAGCAAUAUGGAGAAGAACGCCCCAAAAGGUGGGGCUAAUGAAGGCCCUGUGUUUCUGGGGUCUGGGUUGCCAGCUCUUCUCUUGAUUGUGGUUGCCGGUGCGCUGCUAUGA